UUGACGGUGAUGGGGUAAAAUGCUGCAAACCAAAUUAACACCAUCUGAAGAACUUUAAUUGGCAAUUAACCGGACGCAUCUUGCUGCUCAUCUACCUUAGAGAUUACGGUUUUUUGGCGUGUGUGUGUGUGCAUGUUUGAAUCUUUCCAGAAAGGAGAGAAAAAUUCGCCAAGAUGUAUAUGCCUGGAUUUUGUGGUAAUUAUAACUGAAUCCUUCAAAAUGUCAAAGCAAUUGCGACCUGAUCAAUCUAUUCAACGUAAGACAAACUAUCAUUUGAAAAUAAUUUGGCUGGUAUCGGAAAUUGCCGACUGUAAUAUUUAAUGCCACGGCAGCUGUGUCUUUCUGCUGGAGACUCUGAAGGUUACCCAACAAAAACUAUCGACAAAGCUAGAACCACUUCUCCUGUACUCCUCGGCAAACCAUUAGGAUAAUUAGUUGCGGGGAUCUUUGAAUGGUUUGGUACAAAUUACAUGAGGAUCGCUGGAUAAUGAUAUACAAAAUCAUUAAACUUACACAAUGCUAUCUGAAGUGAUACUGAUCUCUCGGUUAUGCAAUCAUUUUAACUUGAUACUUCUCCGAUGAAGUGCCGGAAUUUUAUUUUAUGAAACAGUGAAAAAAAAAAUAAGAAGUUUUCUAAAGAAGGAACCUGCAAAUCAGAGGGAAAUAGCGAAAAAAAGACAGAGGCUCGAACCCUAUAAUAAAAUAUUCUGAUACAACAAGAAUGGAGUAUAGUUUUGGAUUCAUGUUUGUGGGAUUCUUGUUGGUGACAGGGAGCGCGUCCCCCAUAGAACAUGAUUACUGUGUGAUAGGCGCCGGACCCGCGGGACUACAGAUUGGAUACUUCCUACACAAGGCACACAGAAAUUAUGUCAUAUUGGAAAAAUCUUCUUCAGCAGGGUCAUUCUACACUAAAUACCCCAUUCACAGGAAGUUGAUUAGCAUCAACAAGAUUUACACGGGGCGGGACAACAAGGAGUACAAUCUACGUCACGACUGGAAUUCGCUCCUUAGUGACGACGACCGGAUGUUGUUCAAACAGUUCUCCCGCCAAAUGUUUCCGCCAGCAGAUGUCAUGGUCACGUACUUGGAUUCUUAUGCUCGCCAUUUUAACCUUACCAUUCGUUACAACACAGAAAUAUCUGAUAUCCAUUCCCUCCAUGGAAAUGCAUCUACGAAAAUUGGAAUGAAGGAUCAAAAUGGAAACAAUUAUUUGUGUCGGGUAGCCAUUGUGGCCACUGGUAUCUGGAAACCACGUAUUCCGGAUAUUCCUGGACAUGAACUUAUGGACGGAUACGAGGACCUUUCGCUGAACGCUUCAGACUAUGAGGGCAAAUCAGUCAUGAUUCUAGGUCGUGGAAACUCCGCUUUUGAGACUGCCACUGCGAUCUACGACAAGACGAAUUUCGUCCACAUGGUGGGUAGACAUCGGCUCCGCUUUGCAUGGGAAACCCAUUAUGUCGGCGAUCUAAGGGCCGUGAAUAACGAGUUGUUGGACACUUACCAGCUCAAGUCUCUGGACGGACUAUUGGAGUACGACAUCAACGAUUACAAGGUGGUCCGGCAGGGCGGACACCUGUACCUGAGAGAGAACCCACCCCCGGGCAGUCAAUGGGAGGAGUACGACAAUGACCCCCUUUUGACUCCAUACGACAAAAUCAUCAGAUGUCUUGGCUUCCAGUUUGAUUCUUCAGUUUUUAGAAAAGUGUCUGAUGUUGCUUCGAGGCCCUCACAGAAGUACCCAUUCAUAGACUAUGAUUACCGAUCCCCAGUGGUUGACGGUCUAUACUUCACAGGGACUAUAGCGCACUCUCUUGACUACAGACAAUCAGCAGGGGGAUUCAUUCACGGUUUCCGAUAUUCAGCACGCGUUCUUUCUAAGAUAUUAAAUUGGCGAUACCAUCAAGAGAGAUGGCCAUCGGAGAUUCUCCCACUGUCAAACUUGACGACUGCCAUCAUCAGACGAGUGAACGAAGCUUCCGGUCUUUAUCAGAUGUUUGCGUACCUAGGAGAUAUCAUUCUCUUGAGCAAAGAUGGAUUGUGUGAAUACAUCGAAGAGUACCCCGUAAAGCUCAUACACAAGUUUAGUGAAGUGGCGGGUAUUGAUACACGAAACAAACAGGUGCUUGUUGUUCUGUUACAAUAUGGCGAAGGUUUCCACGGACCGGAAGAGGAUGUGUUCCGGGUAGACAGGGCCGCCACCGACCCCGAGUACGCCGACUACUCGAAUUUCCUCCACCCUGUCGUCCAUUAUUUCCAAGAAAUCCCAAAGGAGCAAAAUAUAAGAAGAAAAAAAUGGAGUCAUCCCCUACCCCCCGCUGACAAGAUACACCACGUUUUGGAGGACUUCUCCGCUAUCUGGGACAGGCCUCUGACCCAUGUAAAGCCACUGGAUGUGUUUUUGAGACGCACUUUGAAAGACCUGUACAACAUAAAAUGCGCGUCAACAACCAAUAUGUUUUCUCAGUAUUCAAUCUCGUCCAAGUCAUUGGACUUGCAGCACUGUAUUGCUACAUAAACAACAUGAAUAUGUAAAUAAAGUAUGUGUAUUAAAUGAAAAAGGCUAUAAUUGAAUGAGUUUACUACAAGUACUUUUAAGUCAUAGUUUCGAGUGUGUUCAUAUAUGCAGUGUUAUAGAAACACAAGAUAUUCAAAUGUGUACAUGGCGCAUUUUACAGAAUCAAAAUUUUGAUUUGAUUUGAACAU